AUGACCGAUGAAAUGGUACUGCUGGUCCUCACUUUAUUAAUGUUGACCAACCCUCCAGUAAUUGGCACCACUGACGUUAUGGAGGUUAAGCCGCAAACCGAUUUUAGCGGCACUACUGGCAUAACGUUCACAAACACUCCUGCGAAUGAGGCGCAACUUUACACCUUGGGGACUUCUGAAGUUGCUCCUUCGUCAGUGACGGUUAAGGGUUUCUUUGAAGAGAGCACUGAAAGCGAUUCAUCAACUCUUUUGGCCCAUGAAGCAAUUCCUUUAAAAGAAGUCCCAAUUACAGACGAACUCACCACCUCCGCGGUCGUUGAGGCGCACAUCAACAAGACCACACCUGCCUCCUUACAAAUGAGAACUGUGCCCCCUCAGCACCCCUGUGUGGUUGAUGUGGAUGAGAGUGAGCCGGAGUUCCAGCGAUAUGUUUGCACUGGAAAUUGGGUUAUCUCACUUAUUGCCACAACAUUUCUACUCACUAUGAUUUUCUUCGCCGUUAUCAAAAAUAUUACAACUUGGGGAUUCAUGAAUUUGGUUGAUGUUAGAAAAGCUGGAGUAAGUUUUCCCCAGCGCCCUGAAAUAAUAGUGCUCCUCUGUUCUACUGUGCCCACAAUCUUCACGACAAUAGCCAGACCCCUAUUUUUCCCUUAUCCCCUGCGGUAUGCUCAAUUCAUCAGUGAAGUGGGCUGCAUGCAGGCGCGCCAAUUCUUUGACCUCUUUGCUCGCACCGCAGCCGUUUAUCAUAUGAUUUACUGGGCCUACCGCAUGCCCAUCAUUCGCUGGCUCUGGCGCAACUAUCUCCGGUUUAAUGCCUUUCGGGCAGUCUGGACCAAAGAGCACAUCAUCGAAGUACUUCGCGACAAAUUUGCUCCAGAGAAGGACGAUAAGUUUAGACGAAUGUUUCAGAACUCGCCUGAAUGCAUGUAUUACUACGCUCAAUUUCUGCAAUCAGGCCUACCGAUGCAGUACCUGCAAACUCUCAUGAAGACGGGCAACCGGAGUCCUUCUAUGUCCACCGCCGUAGAUGGCAUAGUCGGACCCGGUCAGAUGAGUAUGGGGAGUCAUGCACGACCCGGAUUAGGCGGUGCAGACAGUUCCGAUGUACUUCCCCGCGUCAACCUCGGUCACCUCAUGAAUGUUGGCUCCGAAGCGAGUGCCUCACCUAAGGCAAUGCACUAUGGGAAUUUUCUUGGACCUGGUGGUGGCUCUCCCUCAAAGCUCUCUAACGCAACUCUUCACAUACCUCCAGGGGGCUCACAUCAGGCCUCACGUAGCACAAGCUUUAGAGGAUCCCCUCAAAAUCGACCGGUUAUGGCGCUAUUGAAUGUCGAAGGAGGAUUCGGCCAGCAUCUCUCACCAGAAAACGCAACCAAUUCAAUGCUUUUUGAGAGGCAGGGCUCUACCUCGCCUGACAUGCAUUCAUUAACCCUGCCCCCUUUGUUUUCAAGUCAAGAGAUGCUAUUUCCUGGCCACGGACAAAUGCCAGGAUUUGAAUUCCUUGCUCCUAGCGAAAAAAAGGAGAGAGAGGAGGAAACUGUUGUUAAACCACCAACUCGAGAAUUUGUGUACAUAUGCAAACACGCGCUACCUGGAAUAAUCUACAUUCUUUCAUUCUUCGCCACUUUGCCUUCCUUAUUUGGAUUCGACAUGUAUCAGUAUGAGAGCAAAAUUACAACGGCAUACUUUUAUUACGACUUUUUAUUUAUUGUCCUCUUUCCGAUGAUUGCAAUCACCGCUGCUUUCUACCAAGGCGUUCUUGCGAAGGUGCAACUCAACGGCGGUUCAAAGAUGCGCUUUCGUCUGCGAUGCUACUACGUGAAUUUUGUCAUUCUAAACAUGCCGAUGCUGUUCCUUAUGGCUACUGCGAUGGCCUAUAGAAUAACCCUCAGUAGGGAGGUAGAGACUGAAAUGUACGGUACAGGGAUAGUAAUUGCUCUAACUGCCUAUCAUGCUCAGUUUGUGCUCAAGACAACAGUUUACACUACAGGAUGUAAUUGUAUUUGCUGCUCUGAAAAGUGCCUGAACCGUUAUCCCCGAUUGCGAAACUGUAUAAUUACCAUGGUGACACCGAGGAACAGAUCAACUGUACUCCAGCCGAAGAAGGAAGUUGGACAGGGAAAGGAGAAGUGCAAUGAAGGCGAGGGAGAGGAAGGAAAAGAGGCAGCACUGCGGGACCCCUUUGGUCAGGGCACUGAAAUUCAGAUUAUGCCUCCAGAAACUGAAACAGUCUGA